UUUCAUUCUCUACUAACAUAAUUGGCAUAUGCUGCAAGCAAUCAAUCUAAAAUAUUAAUCCUCUCUAUUUCUCAUUGUUGUACUAUAUUGCGUCAGUGAGUGUACGGUGUACACGUUGUACUCAGAGUCUUACAACAUCUGUUAAUAAAAGAUUUCGGUAAUAUUUCUUAAAAUGUCAGAUGCUAAGACUGCCGAACAGAAUGGUGUGGGCGAACCGCCUGUUAAAACUGAAAAACAACUAAAAAAGGAAGCGGAAAAGGCGGCGAAAUUAGAGAAAUUGAAGCAGAAAUUGGAGAAGAAAAAUGCUGCUCCUGCACAACCUAAAGAGAAACCAGAUAAAAAAAUUAAAGAGGUCAAAGAAGUGCCUGUAUAUAAAGCAAAUACAGCUCCGGGAGAGAAGAAAGAUGUCUCUGGUGCUAUGCCAGAUUCAUACAGUCCCGGAUACGUUGAAGCUGCCUGGUACGGUUGGUGGGAGAAACAAGGAUUUUUCAAACCCGAAUAUGGGAGAGAUCUAUCAAAACCGAAUCCAAAAGGAAGUUUUGUAAUGGUCAUUCCUCCACCAAAUGUAACAGGAUCACUUCAUUUGGGUCAUGCCCUAACUAAUGCUAUCGAGGAUGCUAUAACUAGAUGGCAUAGAAUGAAGGGUCGUACUACUUUAUGGGUGCCAGGUUGUGACCAUGCAGGAAUUGCAACACAAGUAGUUGUUGAAAAACAAUUAUGGAGAGAACAAAAGUUGACUCGACACGAUUUAGGCAGAGAAAAAUUUGUUGACAAGAUCUGGGAAUGGAAGAACCAGAAGGGAGAUAGAAUUUACCACCAGCUCAGAAAACUCGGUUCUUCCUAUGAUUGGGACCGUGUAAGUUUUACAAUGGAUCCUAAGUUAUGUAAAGCUGUCAAUGAAGCAUUUGUGAGAAUGUACAACAUGGGAUUGAUAUACAGAAGCAGUAGAUUAGUCAACUGGUCGUGCACACUUAGAUCAGCCAUUUCUGAUAUUGAAGUUGAUAAAGUUGAAUUAACAGGAAGGACACCAUUGUGCAUACCAGGUUAUAAGGAGAAAGUCGAAUUUGGUGUUCUGGCUUCAUUUGCUUACAAGGUUGUAGGUACUGAUGAUGAAAUUAUAGUGAGUACUACAAGAAUAGAAACAAUGCUGGGCGAUUCUGCAGUUGCUGUACAUCCUAAAGAUCCACGAUACACUCAUUUGCAUGGAAAGCAAGUUAUGCACCCGUUUACCAAACAACCACUGCCAAUUGUGUGUGAUGAUUUUGUUGAAAUUGAAUUUGGAACAGGUGCUGUGAAAAUAACACCGGCUCAUGACCCUAAUGAUUAUGAAGUUGGCCUGCGUCAUAAUUUGCCUUUUAAUACAAUAUUCAAUGACGAUGGAGUUAUUAUAGGAGAAUAUGGACAGUUUACAGGAAUGAAACGCUUUGAAGCUAGAAAAGCUGUCACUAAAGCUUUAGAAGAAAUGGGACUGUACAGAGGAGACAAGGAUCAUGCUAUGGUUGUGCCGAUGUGCAGUAGAUCUAAGGAUGUGGUUGAACCUUUAAUCAAACCACAAUGGUAUGUAAAAUGUGAUGAGCUUGCAAAGAAUGCCGUACAAGUAGUAAAGUCCGGUGAACUAAAAAUCAUUCCCGAACAUCAUGAGAAAACUUGGUACCAUUGGAUGGAUGGAAUCAGAGAUUGGUGUGUUUCUCGACAACUUUGGUGGGGUCAUAGAAUUCCUGCUUAUCAUGUGACUUUAAAAGAUGGUUUAUGCAGAAAAGGACACAAGACUGAAGACUUUUGGGUCAUAGCGUGCUCAGAAGCUGAAGCUUUGGAGACCGCAACAAAGAGAUUCAAUACUGAUGCCAGUAAUGUGGAAUUGCAACAAGAUGAAGAUGUUUUGGAUACUUGGUUUAGCUCUGGGUUGUUCCCAUUUUCUGUUUUUGGAUGGCCUGAUGAUACAGAAGAUAUGAAACUCUUCUAUCCAGGAACUUUACUUGAGACAGGGCACGAUAUUUUGUUCUUCUGGGUGGCCAGGAUGGUGUUCUUUGGGCAAACUUUACUAGGAAAAUUGCCGUUCAAAGAAGUUUAUCUUCAUCCAAUGGUAAGGGAUGCCCAUGGUAGAAAAAUGUCUAAAUCUUUGGGAAAUGUUAUUGAUCCCAUGGAUGUUAUAACUGGAAUAAGCUUGGAAGAUUUGCACAAAACUUUGGAAGGAUCGAAUUUAGAUCCCAAGGAAAUUGAGAAAGCCAAAGCUGGUCAAAAGAGAGACUAUCCAAACGGUAUACCUGAAUGUGGUGUUGAUGCAAUGAGAUUUGCUUUAUGUUCUUACGUACUACAAGGUAGAGAUAUUAACUUAGAUAUUCUUCGUGUACAAGGAUACAGAUUUUUCUGUAACAAAUUGUGGAAUGCCACCAAAUUUGCAAUGACCUAUUUCACAAGUGAUGAAAAACACGAGGUUUGCUCCAAAGAUUUAUCAGGAAAUGAGAGUGUUAUGGAUAAAUGGAUUUUAUCCAGACUUGCAUAUGCAGUCGAAGCUUGUAACAACGGUUUUGAAAAAUAUGAAUUUGCAGUUGCUACAACAGCUUGUUACAAUUUAUGGUUGUAUGAUUUAUGUGAUGUUUACCUGGAAUGCUUGAAACCAAUUUUCCAAUCCGGUGAUACCACUGCAAUUGCUGCUGCAAAGAAAACUUUGUACACUUGUUUAGAAGUCGGGUUAAGGCUGCUAUCUCCAUUUAUGCCAUUUUUAACAGAAGAAUUGUACCAGAGAUUGCCUAGAGCUGAUGUUUCAGUUCCAAGUAUUUGUGUUGCAGAGUAUCCGGAAGUGGAAAAAUGCUGUUGGCGUGAUGAGCAAUCUGAAAAGGAUGUAGAAUUAGUGCAGAAGGCUGCAAAGAUUAUUCGUUCUGCAAGAAGUGAUUACACACUACCAAACAAAGUUAAAACACAAGCAUACAUUGUAAGUUCAGAUCCAGUUAUAAGUGAGGUCUUCCAAAGGUACAAUCAGCCUCUAGGUACAAUGUCGUUCUGCUCAGAAGUCCAAAUAACGAGUACCCCACCACCAGGUUGUGCAAUCCUGACUCUAACCGGACAUUGUGAAAUUCAUUUGCUGUUGAAAGGAUUAAUUGAACCUGAGAAAGAGUUGAGCAAGAUGGAGAAAAAGCAGAAAGAUCUGACAGCGUCUGUGGACAAAUUAAGAAAAGCUAUGUCGGCUGGUGAUUACACAACAAAAGUUCCUCAAGAGGUUCGCGAUGCUAAUGCUGAGAGACUUGAACAAAUGGAAUCUGAAUUCCAGAGAUUAUCUUUGGCUAAAGAAACGUUGAAAAAUAUGCAAUGAU